AUGCUACAUGUAUUUAAUGGCCCUAUUGAGCCAACAUCGUUAGCUGAAUUUCAAGAAUCAAAAAAGAAGGCAACAUUAUUCACGUGUAAAAAUAAUAAACGAAAAGUUGAUUAUCUCAAAGAUGGGCGACGUUUUAUCGAUGGUAAGAUUGAGAAUAAACAAAGUGCGUCGUCACUUUGGUCUACCGUCUUGGCACGAUCAGUUGCGCAGGAUUUGAAAGCUCGAUCACAGAAAGAUUUAAAUUCAAAUAAUCUUGGAUAUAUGCGACAAUAUAUGCAUUAUUUAUCACAAAAACUAACGCAACAACGAAACAUACGAAUAAUGUGUACUCUAAUUGCAGUGAAUAUCAUAUUGAUUGUAUUUUUUAUGUAUUUUUUCGUUUUAUAAAU